AUGGAAAGUAGCUGUAUUGGGUUUGAGGAAGGAUCGAGAAGAUAUGGUGAGAGUAAACGAAUCAUUGGUUUAAUUGACUCAGUGACCGAGUCCACGACUGAGUCAAACCUUAGCAGCUCAAGUUGCGGUGCUGGAUCGAGCUCCGGGAGGUCGUCAGUGGCGGAGAGAUCUGUUUCUACUCCGUCUUCUCCUCCGACGAAGUCUCAGAUCCUUGGAUGGCCGUUAGGACAAGGCUCUUGGAGAAAGAGUUCCGGUAAAAUGAAGAAGAAAACUCCGACAAAAAUCGAUAAUUUCGGGUUUAAGAGAAUCGGAACAGAGACUUCAGAAGUUGAGUUGUUGAAAGAGAGAAUGGCGAAAUUGCUGCUUGGUGAAGACAUGUCUGGUUCUGGUGAAGGAGUUUGUCCUGCUUUAGCUAUCUCUAACGCCAUUACCAAUCUUUAUGCUGCGAUUUUGGGGCAACAAUGGAGGCUAGAGCCCUUGUCUAGUGAGAAGAAAACAAUGUGGAGAAGAGAAAUCGAAGUUCUUCUUUCUGUUAGUGAUCACAUUGUUGAAUUGGUACCUUCUUUUCAGAAUUUCCCCAAUGGAAGCAAGAUUGAGGUGAUGAAUUGCAGACCAAGAUCAGAUCUGUUUACUUGUCUUCCCGCUCUUCGGAAGCUUGACAAUAUGCUCAUUGAAAUAUUGGAUAGUUUUGGAGAAACCGAGUUCUGGUAUGUUGAUCAAGGGAUUAUAGAUGGGGAAUCUGCAAGGUCCAACUCUUUCCGUGAAGAUGGAGACAAAUGGUGGCUUCCAUUGCCACGCGUGCCAUCCGAUGGACUUACCGAGCAAUCUAGGAAGAAAUUAGAUCACACUCGCGAUUUCACUAACCAAAUCUUGAAAGCUUGUAUGUCAAUAAACAGCAUUGCUUUAGCUGAAAUGGAAGUUCCACAAUCAUACCUUGAAGCUCUUCCAAAGAACGGAAGAUCAUGCCUUGGCGAUUUUCUGUAUAGAAACAUUACAUCGGAUAACUUCUCGGCGGAUUAUUUGCUCGAAUCAAUAGAUCUUUCAUCUGAGCACGCGGUUGUAGAAAUGGCGAAUCGAGUAGAAGCAUCAAUGUACAUUUGGAGGCGAAGAGCUCACUCGAGGCAUCUGAUUUCUCUGUAUCGAUCCACAAGUACAAGACCCUCAUGGGGGAUGCUAGUGAAGGAAAUGAUGAUGAAUCAAAACGAUGGUGACAAAAGAGAAACAUUCGCGGGAAGAGCGGAAAGCUUAUUGAUCCACCUCAAGCAACGUUUCCCGGGAAUUAGACAAACAACUUUGGAUACAAGCAAGAUCCAAUACAACAAGGAUGUAGGAAAGUCUUUACUUGAGAGCUACUCAAGGGUAUUAGAGAGUUUAGCGUAUAGCAUCGGAGUGCGCAUAGAGGAAGUGUUGUACAUGGAUGACAUAAGCAAAGAUGAUGGUCAUGUUGAUGAUUCUUGUUCUUCAGACAAGUUGAGAUUGUUGUCUAAAGAAUCAGCAAAUGGCUGUUCAGGCUCUCUAAGGAAGAGACUCUCUGCUCCUUCCUUGUUCUCUGUGUCAUUCUCAGGCACGACAACUCCGUACAGAACUCCGUCUUUCUCUGCAUCAACUCCAACGUAUUCACCAAUGCCAUUGAUAAGCCCCAUUAAUGGAGGAGGAGGAGAGAGAGCUCCGUUUCUCUCUGGGAGGAACAUUAGAGAACGUUGUGGGUUUGGUCCAAAGAAAGCAUUGGCUAAUUAUCUCCGGGGUUGA